UCUUCCUCCCCUUUCUUUCUCUGUUUCUCUCUCUCUCUCUCUAAUCAAAAAGGGGCUCUCAAACGCGCCGAGACUACCUCACCGCCUCCCACUCUCCGAUCCCUCUUCGUCUUGGUUUAUGAGCUCGAAGGAGAGACCCACUCUCGGUGGCACGCGGAUUAAGACCCGCAAACGGAAUAUUGCAGCGCCGCUGGACCCUGCAGCUUUUGCGGAUGCAGUGGUCCAGAUAUAUCUGGAUAAUGCUGGUGAUCUGGAACUUAUUGCCAAGAGCAUUGAAUCUUCUGACCUUAACUUCUCAAGAUACGGUGACACCUUUUUUGAGGUUGUUUUCACUGGGGGCCGUACACAGCCUGGAACAACAAAGCCAGAUGAGGGGGAGCGCCACCCUUAUUCUGUACUAGAGUCUGAGCCUAGACGCGAAGUCAUAAUACCAUCUGUUAUCUAUAUACAGAAGAUUUUGAGGCGGAGGCCAUUUCUGAUCAAGAAUCUUGAAAAUGUCAUGCGACGUUUCCUUCAGUCAUUGGAGCUUUUUGAGGAAAAUGAGAGGAAGAAGCUGGCAAUUUUCACUGCCCUUGCAUUCUCUCAGAAGCUAUCAGGACUUCCACCGGAAACUGUUUUCCAGCCAAUGCUCAAGGAUAAUCUUGUUGGCAAAGGGCUAGUUCUGUCAUUUAUAACUGAGUUCUUCAAGGAGUAUCUGAUUGACAACAGCCUCGAUGAUUUGAUUUCGAUUCUGAAAAGGGGUAAAGUCGAGGAUAAUCUUCUGGACUUCUUCCCAGCUGCAAAGCGAACUGAGGAGAGUUUCUCUGAGCAUUUCACCAAGGAAGGGCUAGUGGCCUUGGUUGAAUACAAUGAAAAGAAGAUUUUCGAGGUGAAGCUUAAGGACAUGAAAUCGGCUUUGACAACCCAGAUAACAGAGGAAACUGAUAUAUCUGAGGUCAUAGAAACUGUGAAGCAGCGUGUUAAAGAUGCCAAAUUGCCAGAUGUUGAAGUUGUGCGUAUCCUUUGGGAUGUCAUUAUGGAUGCUGUGCAGUGGUCUGGUAAGAAUCAGCAACAGAAUGCCAAUGCAGCUCUUCGCCAGGUGAAAACAUGGGCACAACUGUUGAAUGCCUUCUGCACCAAUGGGAAGCUUGAGUUGGAGCUUAUAUACAAAGUUCAGAUGCAGUGCUAUGAGGAUGCCAAGCUGAUGAAGCUGUUCACUGAAAUUGUUAGGUCUCUGUAUGAUCAGGAUGUGCUUGCAGAAGACACUAUCCUCCAUUGGUUCCGCAAAGGAACAAAUCCCAAGGGCAGGCAAACAUUUGUGAAAGCUCUGGAGCCUUUUGUGAAGUGGCUGGAGGAGGCAGAAGAAGAGGAGUAGAUGCAGCUGCCUGAUGUUGCCACAUUAUUCACUGCCGCGUCGCAUUAUGUUUUAUGUUAUUUUUCUAGUUGCAUGACAGAACCAAGUCAUAAAUAUUCUGUAUAACCUACUAAGGUUUGGUGUGGCUGUUGAAUGUUGAUGAUGAUGAUGAUGCUGAAAUUACAUUAUAAAUAAUUGAUGCUUUCCUUUUAUUUUU